UCAUGCUGCUGCCAGGUCCAGAGUCUGUCAUGGGUCCCUGUAGGGCCUCCCAUUGCUGCUGUCUCCAUCGCCACACUCUGCCAUGUGCCACUUUAAGGUCUCCCUCACACACACUGCUGGUGUGUUGAAUUUUUUGACAUAGGGUGCUGGCAGAUUACGGGCCUCCUAUAGCUGCUGCCAGGCCCCUAAUCUGCCAUAGGCCCCUAUAUACCGCCUCCUCAUGCUGCUGCCAAGUCCAGAGUCUCUCAUGGGUCCCUGUACGGCCUCCCAUUGCUGCUGUCUCCAUCGCCACACUCUGCCAUGUGCCACUUUCAGGUCUCCUCACACUGCUGUGGUGUGUUCCAUUUUUUGUCAUAGGGUGCUGGCAGAUUGCGGGCCUCCCAUAGCUGCUGCCAGGCCCCUAAUCUGCCAUGGGCCCCUAUACCGCCUCCUCAUGCUGCUGCCAAGUCCAGAGUCUGUCAUGGGUCCCUGUACGGCCUCCCAUUGCUGCUGUCUCCAUCGCCACACUCUGCCAUGUGCCACUUUCAGGUCUCCUCACACUGCUGGUGUGUUGAAUUUUUUG